AUGGGAUUGUCAGCGUCCAAGGCUGCCCUCGGGGCUACCACCGAAGAGCCCACGGAACCAGAGAGGAAACACCUUUCCAGCCUAGUAAAGUACAUAAAUGGAACAAAUAUGAAUGCUGAACGACCAUUUAAUAUUCUUCUGGAGAAAACUGGGAACUGCAGCUGGGUAGUGGUGUUCAAGGCACUAAUUACAGUACACCACCUCAUGAUUCAUGGAAACGAGCGUUUUAUCCGUCAUGUUGCAUCUCGAAAUUCUUUGUUUACUUUACACAACUUUCUGGAUAAAGGUGUCCCAGAAGGUCCAACUAUGUCAACCUUCAUCAGACGAUACAGCAGAUACUUGAAUGAAAAGUCACUCGUAUAUAGACUGAUUGCAUAUGACAUCACAAAAUCCAAGAGAGGGACAGAUGGGGUGAUGAGGACUAUGAACACCAAAAAGCUGCUAAACAUACUUCCAGUUAUUCAAACCCAGUUUGAUGCUCUUCUUAAUUUUAAUGCAAGUCCCAAUGAAAUAACUAAUGGAAUAGUACGUGCUGCUUUUAUGCUCCUCUUUAAAGAUUGUCUUCGUCUCUUUGCAGCCUACAAUGAAGGAAUCCUUAAUCUUCUAGGCAAGUAUUUUGACAUGAGGAAGAACCAAUGCAAUCAGAGUUUGGAUAUUUACAUCGCGUUCCUUGCAAGAACAACCAGAUUGGCACAGUUCCUGAAGGUUGCUGAGGAAGUUGGAAUUCAUCAGAGCAACAUUCCGUAUCUUACUCAGGCUCCUCACAGUUUAAUUGAAGCACUAAAACAGCAUUUAGCUUCUUUGGAAGACAAGAAUGAUAUCUUGCCUCCUUAUAGUCUCCAGCAUACAUUUAUCCCACUCAUCCCAAAGAGUCCAGUUGUGGAAAUUUCAGCAAGCAGAGUUUUGUUUUCAGGUCUUAACUUUGGAGAAAGCCCUGUCAAUGAAACUGACAUGAAUCAGCAUCAGGUUUCAGAGAAGGAAAUGAUUGAUGGAAUGACCUGGCAGUUAAACACCUGCACAUGCACAUCAAGCAUCUGGGAUUCCAUUUCUGCUCCUAGCAUGGUAAAAACCUAUGCUGUAUAA